AUGGAUAUGUACCCGGUUCUACCUGUUCCUCAGUCGGGAACAUUCUACGAGUAUGCCCCUAAAAUGAUGGCCUUCGAGUUCAACGGCUUUUCAAGUAAAAAAACUCUGGUGUUCAUUGGCGGACUCGGAGAUGGAUUUGCCACCUUGCCAUACCUUCCUGCACUCUCCACUAGUCUGAACAAGAUUGGAUGGUCGGUGGUCCAGAUAUACAUCAGAUCGUCAUACAUAGGUUGGGGGUCCGGAUCUUUGAAGAGGGAUGCGGAGGACAUCAGCCAAUUGGUCAGCUUCCUCAGAUCAGAGGCAGGUGGAAAAAGGGAAAAAAUAGUUAUCAUGGGCCAUUCAACUGGUUGUCAGGAUACAAUGCAGUAUGCAUCCAAGUUUGAGCAAAAAUCUUCUACCAAGGCAAAUGGAUACAUUCUUCAGGCCGGUGCCUCCGAUAGAGAGGCUGCUCUAGGGGUAGGUAUUCCUCUUGAAGAGCUUGAAAAAUCAGUUGAACUGGCAAAGACUAUGAUUGCAGCCGGACGAGAGAAUGAAAUAAUGCCAUAUGAGUAUUGCAGUUCGUUUUUGGAUUGUCCUAUCAGUGCUUAUAGAUGGAAUGCUCUGUAUUCUGUAAGAGGAGACGAUGAUUUCUUCUCAACCUAUCUCACACCUGAAGACCAUGCCAAAACCUGGGGGAAGGUCAAUGAGCCAAUUUUGGUGGUUUUUAGUGGUUCUGAUGAGUUUGUUCCUAAAUCAGUGGAUAAGGUGAAACUGCUGGAUGAUUGGAAGUCGGCUACAGAUUCCAAGUACUGGUCCCCUUUGAGCAAGCCUGUUCCUGGUGCACGCCAUAAUGUGGGAGUUGGAUCUGAAAAAGGAGCACUUGAAGAUUUGGUGGCUACUGUUACCAAAUUUCUGGAAGAUACUUUCUAG